UCCCCGACCAAUCGUAGACGGAAAGAAGGAGGUCCUUCUCUGACAGAUCUACGAGGCAGUAUCUCUUGGCUCUCAAAAACCUCCGACGUCUUGUUCCCGCCAAGAUCUCCGUGAUCCCCACCGCCCAGCCAUUCAUGCAUUUUCUAUAGACAGCAGUGCCUCUCUUCUGACUGGGACUUGGUGAGAAAUGUCCCCGCGACUUACUCGCCCUGCUUGAAUAUCUCCCCACCGCAGUCAUAGUAUGUCGUGCUCUGCUGCUUGUGUAUGGAUGGAAUGGAUUUGAGUUCACGGCACCCGAGUCUCCCGAAGCAAUGCCGGCAACAGGAAGAAUUCUUGGCCGUCAAAGAACCUUAUUCUUUUCAUGAAAUCAGUAUCUGACUCCUCGUUCUCAUGGCCAAGAGCUGUGGUGGAUUGGAAGUUGCCGAAUAAAGAGGGGGCACAAGAGUUUAGGCAGGAAUGAAUGCGACGCUGCGAGAGCAGAGAAAAAUGUAUAUAAGUCCGAUCGAUGGCGCCCCGAGGAAAGAGGGCAAUCCAGCGAACAGUCAAUGUUCUUGCCCAGUUGUUGAGGGUGGAACCCUGGCGAAUUUUUGUUUUUGUUUUGAGAGGGGAACCUCUGCUUCGAAGCUUUAAUAUAUUUACAAGGCGAACCUCUGGUUCUUCGCCUU